UGCUUCACCACAAAGACAAAAACCCCCUUGUUUUCCCCUUCCCCUUGCAAGAUGCAUACUACCGAAAACAGACUCUUCAUAGCGGGCUUGGCCUUCAUCUUUAUCGCGUCGUGCGUUCUCUUCAAUGUCGGCUUCACUCGCGGCGAUUGGGUCUCGAACAAUACCGGCGGCUCAGUGGGUGUCUACAAGUUCUGUCUUUUCACCUUAGAUGGAAUUCAAUGUGCGCGCUACGGCUCUGUGGACACUUUUAACGACCUGACGAACGGAUGGACUGUCUCGGCUGCUUUCAUUCUGGGCACAGCCUGCGCCGUGUCCGGACUCUGCGCCCUGUUUUGCAUUUUUGCCAUGUGUGAACCGGCCAUGAUGAUUGGUGUCUACAUCACCGCGGUUAUCACAGCCUUCUUUGGCGUGUUUGGUCUCGUCGUCCUAUAUCCCGUCGGCUUUGGGAGCAAUCCGGUACUGAAUCAAAUCUGUCCCGGCGCGUCCACGUACCACAUUGGCCCGUUCUGCAAAAUGGACACUGGUUACAUCUUGGCUUCGAUUGCUACAGGUCUUUCCCUUCUUGGACUCGGAUUUGUGCCCUUCGUUGACCGCUAUCAUGCUCGUCGCGUCACGCGGCAAACCCAGCACCACGAACUUCCUCCCAUGACCCAAGUCAACCCGCAGUACCCGCAAUACCCUGCCGAAUAUCCGCCUCAGUACUAGACACUGUCGGGACCCAAGAGUCGAGUCUGCCCCGCCGGCGAAGGUAGCCGGUGGUUGAUCAUGAGGCUUGAGUGUUUGCUGCAUAUUUUGUCACAAUCAACUGACGUUACCUGGCCAAUA